AUGGACAAGAAUGCAUUUGGCAUCGCGUACGAGCCACUACGGGGUUCUUCGCAGAAAAGCUACGAUUUGCCAUCCGGCCCGGCGUUCGUGGAUGAAGAUGAGUUCGAGCAAGAGAUGAGUGCAGAGUUUCGGGUCACGGUCGGGCCAUCUCGACAGGGUGAGAUUUUAGCAACGAUGUCCAACAGAACGCAGGCCGAUGACUUCGCUGAAGGUGACGGUACGGCCGAUAUCACCAUGAGGACACAGCAAGGCGUACCGGGUGGGAAUGGAUCAGAGCGCCAAGAAGACGUCAAUAGCGCACCAUUCUAUCCGGACGGAUUGAGGCUGGACAACAGAGAGGCACUCAAGCAGCUUACAAAAGACUACAAAGUAGCUGGAGUGGCCCCACAUGUGCAUCCCGGCAACGCACCACAGCGCUUGGACCAAUCUGCUAAGGAGAUUGGAGGAAGGUCCAUUGAGCGUAGCCUAACGGAUAAUGCUGCGGGCAUUUUGGAAUUCGUCGGUGAAGACGUCCGACACUAUCCAGUGACAGAAGAAGAGAACGAACGAGCGGAGGAAGAUGAUGAUGACGAGGAAAGGAAAAACCUUGUGGAAGUUCCAGAGAAGAUGGGCACCCUGAAUGUCCCGGGAGAAAGAGAGAAAGAGGGGCAAACAAGUAUCGACGAGGAUGAGAGUGCCCAGCGCGCUCUUGUUGCUAAAGAAUGGGAGGCUAUCGAUCAGUUGCGAACGGCGGAACGUUCUGUGCCUAUGGAGAAAGGAGUUGGUGGCAAGUUGCAACCCAUCAGCAUCGACCAGGCCAAUCGCCUCGUCACAACCGCAGAAGUGCUGGGCUACUUCCGUUCACAGGACUUAUGUACGCACAAGGCAGCGAUCGUGCCGUACCAGCCUCCCGAGAGUCGGUUUGGUCUGUUUCGCAGAGCCUCCAAGCUUAGGUUCCCUGAUGCAGAGCAGCUGCGGGAUGAAGUCUUCAUAUUAGCACAGAUAAAAUACGCUCCGGCCGAUGUGGUACAUCGUCGGUUGAUCCAGACGAUUUACCGACGCAUGACGAACGAGAAGCGAGCUUGCCCGGACGUAGGCCCACACUGGGACACUGUCGGCUUUCAGGGGACCGAUCCUUGCACGGAUUUGAACCGCUCGAUGGGCAUUUUCGCAUUAUUUCAGGUGCUUCAUUUGCUGGAAUCACAGCUAGGCUUUGCGAUGGUCCUGUACCGUCUGUCUUUGGCGGAUGUGACGGGCUGGCCGUUCAUGUGCGUAAGCAUCGGCUUCACCAAGGAGGCUCUGCGAGUCUUGCGACGAGGAGGCUGCUACGCUGAGUGCAAUCGGCGGGGGAGCGUGUUGGAUGUCGUGCACGAGCUCCAUCAGGCGCAGUUCCAUGCUUUCCUGGAGCUAUGCCGAACAGAACCGGCUACCCAUCAUGCCCUACAUCUUGCCAAGGUUCGCGCAAGGGUAGAAACCGAUUCCCACGUGCUUGUGAAGGCUUACCGAACAUAUCUCUUGGAGGAGAAGGCUCGGUCUGCGGUUAGUAUUGUGGACAAGACGGGAGAGAGUGCGGCGGUACAGGAGCAAUUCUCCGGUGGGGGGAAGCUGGCCGAAGAUGGACCGCCAGUGGCACACGUGAAGGACACAGCCAGUCGCAAAAAUACCUACCUGUCGUAAAGAGACAACACCAACCCAGCAGGAUUGCGAACGAAAAUAGAACAUGCUCGGUAGACGUCACCGGACACAAAAUCAUGUGCCACAUUUUGGCGUCUGAAUUGCAGCAAGUGCUUCAUUAUAGUGGGCCAUUAAGACACAAAAAACUCCACCGAUUUUUCGAAAAUUGGAAAUCCCAAAACCAAAAACCACAUCGGGACCAGCACGGGUUGUGACGCGCAGUCAACACCGUGUGCUGAACCAAGAUCCUGAUAUGAUAAACGACGCAAAAAUAUCGCUCUACGCUGCUGUAGUAUGGCGUGUUGCCUUGUGAGGAGAACGGUGAAGGCAUAAUCUAGAACGACCAACGGUGUGGAUACCACGCGACACGCGACAUCAGGCCGCCUCAACCAUUUUGUACCUGGUACCACGCAACUAAACUCUGCGCACGCAGUAGCUUGCACACGCUACGCCCGCCAGCUCAAAAGUCGUCUCUUACUCUCUGACAAGAGACCAACAGCCCACACGGGAUUGUCUCGCAUGAAACAUAUUUCCUCCAAUACCUGUCUGUCCACUCUCCCUUCGCGCACCCUCCAUCUCGAUCUUUGGCGUCUGCGCAGGCUGAGCGAACAAGGUAAUUCAACUCCUUCGUAGGCGUAAAUCUACACCGGGAAAUCCACCAUGUCCCUAACUCCCUU